GGCGGCGGCUUCGGGACCGGCCUGGCCGCCCGGCGGCACCUGUCGGCCCGGACAAAGGGCGGCGGCCCGGAAGCUCCCGCGCCCCCCUUUCCCGCCGGCAGCCGGCCAGGUGCUCGUCGCGAACACCUCCAAAGCUGUCAGCGUUCCCCUAGCCCCCCCUCCCCACCCCCCCCCGGACCGGUGACAGGUCGGGAAACAGUUUUGAAUAUAUUCACACUGAAUCGGCACUUUUAAAGCCCUGCCUUCUCCCACUGGCUUCCCUUGGCCUUCAGACAUAAUGAGGAGACUGGCUUUUCGAGGCGCUGGUUGUGCUCUGGUAAAGCUGAAGAAGUUGGAUUCCAUGGGUUCCAAAAGAAGAAGAGCGACCUCCCCUUCCAGUAGUGUCAGCGGGGAUUUUGAGGACAGCCACCAUUCUGUGUCUACACCAGGCCCAAGCAGGAAAAGGAGGAGACUUUCCAAUCUUCCAACUGUAGAUCCUAUUGCUGUGUGCCAUGAACUCUACAAUACCAUCCGGGACUAUAAGGAUGAACAGGGCAGGCUUCUCUGUGAGCUCUUCAUUAGGGCACCAAAGCGAAGAAAUCAACCAGACUAUUAUGAAGUGGUUUCUCAGCCCAUUGACUUGAUGAAAAUCCAACAGAAAUUAAAAAUGGAGGAGUAUGAUGAUGUUAAUCUGCUGACUGCCGACUUCCAGCUGCUUUUUAACAACGCAAAGGCCUAUUACAAGCCAGAUUCUCCUGAAUAUAAAGCUGCUUGCAAACUGUGGGAUUUGUACCUUCGAACAAGAAACGAGUUUGUUCAGAAAGGAGAAGCAGAUGAUGAAGAUGAUGAUGAAGAUGGACAAGACAAUCAAGGCACAGUGACUGAAGGAUCUUCUCCAAGUUACUUGAAAGAGAUCCUGGAGCAGCUUCUUGAAGCCAUAGUUGUAGCCACAAAUCCAUCAGGACAUCUCAUUAGUGAACUUUUUCAGAAACUGCCUUCUAAAGUGCAAUAUCCAGACUAUUAUGCAAUAAUUAAGGAACCUAUAGAUCUCAAGACCAUUGCCCAGAGGAUACAGAAUGGAAGCUACAAGAGUAUUCAUGCAAUGGCCAAAGAUAUAGAUCUUCUAGCAAAAAAUGCCAAAACUUAUAAUGAACCUGGUUCUCAAGUAUUCAAGGAUGCAAAUUCUAUUAAAAAGAUAUUUUAUAUGAAAAAGUCAGAAAUUGAACAUGAAAUGGCUAAGUCAAGUCUUCGAAUAAGGACUUCAUCAAAUUUGGCUGCAGCCAGGCUGACAGGUUCUGCACACAGUAAAGGCAGCCUUGGUGAAGAGAGAAAUCCCACUAGCAAGUAUUACCGGAAUAAGAGAGCAGUCCAAGGGGGUCGUUUAUCGGCAAUUACCAUGGCACUUCAAUAUGGCUCAGAAAGUGAAGAGGAUGCUGCUUUGGCUGCUGCACGUUAUGAAGAAGGAGAGUCGGAAGCAGAGAGCAUUACUUCAUUUAUGGAUGUUUCAAAUCCUUUUUAUCAGCUUUAUGACACGGUUAGGAGCUGUCGGAAUAACCAAGGGCAGCUAAUAGCUGAACCUUUUUUCCAUUUGCCUUCAAAGAAAAAAUACCCUGAUUAUUAUCAGCAAAUUAAAAUGCCCAUAUCACUACAACAGAUCAGAACAAAGCUAAAGAACCAAGAAUAUGAAACUUUAGAUCAUUUGGAGUGUGAUUUGAAUUUAAUGUUUGAAAAUGCCAAACGCUAUAAUGUUCCCAAUUCAGCCAUAUACAAGCGAGUUCUAAAAUUGCAGCAAGUCAUGCAGGCAAAGAAGAAAGAGCUUGCCAGGAGAGAUGACAUUGAAGAUGGAGACAGCAUGAUUUCCUCAGCCACCUCUGAUACUGGUAGUGCCAAAAGGAAAAGAUCAGUCACCAAAGAUAAACACUUCCCAGGCAAAAGAAGGAACACUCUUGACAGUGAGAUGUUGGGUCUCAGGAGGCUAUCCAGUAAAAAGAACAUAAGAAAGCAGCGAAUGAAAAUCUUAUUCAAUGUUGUUCUUGAAGCUCGUGAGCCAGGUACAGGCAGAAGACUUUGUGAUCUAUUUAUGGUUAAACCAUCCAAAAAGGACUAUCCUGAUUAUUAUAAAAUUAUUUUGGAGCCAAUGGACUUGAAAACAAUUGAGCAUAACAUCCGCAAUGACAAAUAUGCAGGGGAAGAGGGGAUGAUGGAAGACAUGAAGUUGAUGUUCCGGAAUGCCAGACACUAUAAUGAGGAAGGCUCCCAGGUGUACAACGAUGCACAUAUCCUGGAAAAGUUACUCAAAGAUAAAAGGAAAGAGCUGGGACCACUGCCUGAUGAUGAUGACAUGGCUUCUCCCAAACUCAAGCUGAGUAGGAAGAGUGGUGUUUCUCCUAAAAAAUCAAAAUACAUGACUCCAAUGCAGCAGAAACUAAAUGAAGUAUAUGAAGCUGUAAAGAACUAUACUGAUAAGAGGGGUCGCCGCCUCAGUGCCAUAUUUCUGAGACUUCCCUCCAGAUCUGAGCUGCCUGACUACUACCUGACCAUUAAAAAGCCAAUGGACAUGGAAAAAAUUCGAAGUCAUAUGAUGGCAAACAAAUACCAAGAUAUAGACUCCAUGGUUGAGGACUUCGUUAUGAUGUUUAACAAUGCCUGUACAUACAAUGAGCCUGAGUCUUUGAUCUACAAAGAUGCCCUUGUCCUACACAAAGUCCUGCUUGAAACUCGGAGAGACCUGGAGGGAGAUGAGGACUCUCAUGUUCCAAAUGUUACCUUGCUGAUUCAAGAACUUAUCCAUAAUCUUUUUGUGUCAGUCAUGAGUCACCAGGAUGAUGAGGGAAGAUGCUACAGUGAUUCCUUAGCAGAAAUUCCUGCUGUGGAUCCUAACUUUCCAAACAAACCUCCUCUUACUUUUGACAUAAUUAGGAAGAAUGUUGAAAAUAAUCGCUACCGGCGGCUUGAUUUAUUUCAAGAGCAUAUGUUUGAAGUAUUGGAAAGGGCAAGAAGGAUGAAUCGGACAGAUUCUGAAAUAUAUGAAGAUGCAGUAGAGCUUCAGCAGUUUUUCAUUAAAAUUCGUGAUGAACUCUGCAAAAAUGGAGAGAUUCUUCUUUCACCAGCACUCAGCUAUACUACAAAGCAUUUGCAUAAUGAUGUGGAGAAAGAGAAAAAGGAAAAAUUACCAAAAGAAAUAGAGGAAGAUAAACUAAAACGAGAAGAAGAAAAAAGAGAGGCUGAAAAGAGUGAAGAUUCCUCCGGUGCUGCAGGCCUCUCAGGUUUACAUCGCACAUACAGCCAGGACUGCAGCUUUAAGAAUAGCAUGUACCAUGUUGGAGAUUAUGUCUAUGUAGAGCCCUCAGAAGCCACCCUACAACCACAUAUAGUCUGUAUUGAGAGACUGUGGGAAGAUUCAGCUGGUGAAAAAUGGUUGUAUGGCUGUUGGUUUUAUCGGCCAAAUGAAACAUUCCAUCUGGCUACACGAAAAUUCCUAGAAAAAGAAGUUUUUAAGAGUGACUAUUACAAUAAAGUUCCUGUUAGUAAAAUUCUAGGAAAAUGUGUGGUCAUGUUUGUCAAGGAAUACUUUAAAUUAUGCCCAGAAAACUUUCGAGAUGAGGAUGUUUUUGUCUGUGAAUCACGGUACUCUGCCAAAACCAAAUCUUUUAAGAAAAUUAAAUUGUGGACCAUGCCCAUCAGUUCUGUUAGGUUUGUCCCUCGGGAUGUGCCCUUGCCUGUGGUCCGAGUGGCCUCUGUAUUUGCAAAUGCAGAUAAAGGGGAUGAUGAAAAGAAUGCAGACAACUCAGAAGACAGUAGAACUGAAGACAAUUUUAACUUGGAAAAGUUUCCUUUACAACAGGAGAAAGAAGAUGUCCCUGUGGAAAUGUCCAAUGGUGAACCAGGUUGCCACUACUUUGAGCAGCUCCGUUACAAUGACAUGUGGCUAAAGGUUGGGGACUGUGUCUUCAUCAAGUCCCAUGGCCUGGUUCGCCCUCGCGUGGGCAGAAUUGAAAAGGUAUGGGUUCGAGAUGGAGCUGCAUAUUUUUAUGGCCCCAUCUUCAUUCACCCAGAAGAGACGGAACAUGAGCCCACAAAAAUGUUCUACAAAAAAGAAGUGUUUCUGAGUAAUCUGGAAGAAACCUGCCCCAUGACAUGUAUUCUGGGAAAGUGUGCUGUGUUGUCAUUCAAGGACUUCCUCUCCUGCAGACCAACUGAAAUACCAGAAAAUGACGUUUUGCUUUGUGAGAGCCGCUACAACGAGAGUGACAAGCAGAUGAAGAAAUUCAAGGGACUGAAGAGGUUUUCACUCUCUGCUAAAGUGGUAGAUGAUGAAAUUUAUUACUUCAGAAAACCAAUUGUUCCGCAGAAGGAGCCUUCACCUUUGUUGGAAAAGAAGAUCCAGUUACUAGAAGCAAAAUUUGCUGAGUUAGAAGGUGGAGAUGAUGAUAUUGAAGAGAUGGGAGAAGAGGAUAGUGAGGUCCUUGAGCCUCCUUCUCUGCCUCAACUUCAGACUCCCUUGUCCAGUGAGCUGGAUCUCAUGCCAUACACACCCCCACAGGUGAAGUCUACCCCAAAGUCUGCCAAAGGCAGUGCAAAGAAGGAAAGCUCCAAACGGAAAAUCAACAUGAGUGGCUACAUCCUGUUCAGCAGUGAGAUGAGAGCUGUGAUUAAGGCCCAGCAUCCAGACUACUCUUUUGGGGAGCUUAGCCGACUGGUGGGGACAGAAUGGAGAAAUCUUGAGACAGCUAAGAAAGCAGAAUAUGAAGAGCGGGCAGCUAAAGUUGCUGAGCAGCAGGAGAGAGAGCGAGCAGCACAGCAACAACAGCCGAGUGCUUCUCCCCGAGCAGGCACCCCUGUGGGGGCUCUCAUGGGGGUGGUGCCACCACCAACACCAAUGGGGAUGCUCAAUCAGCAGUUGACACCUGUUGCAGGCAUGAUGGGUGGCUAUCCGCCAGGCCUUCCACCUUUGCAGGGCCCAGUUGAUGGCCUUGUUAGCAUGGGCAGCAUGCAGCCACUUCACCCUGGGGGGCCUGCACCCCACCAUCUUCCGCCAGGUGUGCCCGGCCUCCCGGGCAUCCCACCACCGGGUGUAAUGAACCAAGGGGUGGCCCCUAUGGUAGGGACUCCAGCACCAGGCGCAAGUCCAUAUGGACAGCAGGUAGGAGUUUUGGGGCCUCCAGGACAGCAGGCACCACCUCCAUAUCCUGGCCCACAUCCAGCUGGUCCCCCUGUUAUACAGCAGCCAACAACGCCCAUGUUUGUGGCUCCUCCACCGAAGACCCAACGGCUUCUCCACUCAGAGGCCUACCUGAAGUACAUCGAAGGACUCAGUGCGGACUCCAACAGCAUUAGCAAGUGGGACCAGACCCUGGCAGCUCGAAGGCGUGAUGUCCAUUUGUCAAAAGAACAAGAGAGCCGCCUGCCCUCUCACUGGCUGAAAAGUAAAGGGGCUCACACCACCAUGGCAGACGCCCUCUGGCGACUCCGGGAUCUGAUGCUCCGAGACACCCUCAACAUUCGCCAAGCUUACAAUCUAGAAAACCUUUAAUCACAUCUAUUACGUUUCUUUUAUAGAAGCAUACGAAUUUUGUGGAAUAGUAGCCACAUAGUUAAAGGGGGUGGGGGGGAGGAGCAAAGGAUGAUAAUUUUUGCAUUUUACUGUACAUCACAAGGCCAUUUUUAUAUAAGGACACUUUUAAUAAGCUAUUUCAAUUUGUUUUUGUUAUAUUAAGUUGACUUUAUCAAAUACACAAAGAUUUUUUGCAUACGUUUCCUUCGUUUAAAACCAGUUUCAUAAUUGGUUGUCUAUGUGUAGACUUGGAGUUUCAUCUUUUUACUUGUUGCCAUGGAACUGAAACCAUCAAAGGUUUUGUCUUGGGUUAGGGUUUUUUGGUUUUUGUUUUUAUAAAAGAACAAACAGUGAAAAAAAUACACACACACACACACACACACACACACACGAGUUUACAGAUUAGUUUAAGUUGACAAUGAAAUGUGAAGUUGGUCCUAGUUUACAUCUUAGAGAAGGGAGUGUAUUUGUGUCUGUUUCAUGUGCCUGAAUAUCUUAAGCCACUUUCACAAAAAGUGUGUUACAGGUGAAGUGAAAGGUUGUUGUUUAGGUUAUACGUGUUUGGCAGACAUGGCACAUUCGCUCUGUUAACUCGGAGGCUCACUGCAGAAAUCUGAAGUCAGUACUGUGCGUCUUUCUGCAGCUGGUGCGGCUCCCAGUGGGGAGAGCACUUCUUGUGCUGAGUUAGAUGUCUGUGGUGUCAGUUAUUUUUGUAGAAUAUGUGCACAAUCCUGAAUUAUAUUUAGUCUUGGCAGGUAAGUUUAAAGGUACUUUUGAUCUAUUUAUAAUAAUUCACAAUUAAUGCUUAUACGUGUUAGAUGAUUUAAAAUUUUAAAUCUCUUACAUUGAAAAAAAAUUGGAAGUUUGUCUCGAAGAAAGCAUUGAGGCAUCAGUGGAGGUGAUUUAUUUUUCAGCAUAAUACCUAAACUAACAGAGGGAGUGCAUCACUAGAUAUGAGCUGCAUCAGAAGCCUGAUUGUAAAUUUGUAGACGGCCUGCAUAUGCAAAUGUUUUAGUAUUCUUUGUUCCCUAGUCAGAUGUGGCUUUCUUUUUUCUUCUAAAUUUCUUCAUUGUAAUUCUCAAUCAGAAAUUCAAAACUUCCUAAAAUAUUUAAAAUUCAGCUUGUGCCUUUAAAUUUCAAGAGAAAGGCAUCAUAAUUUAAUAAAAUACUCAUGAAAAAGACUAUUACAGAUCCUAAACACUUGGGUUUGAUGACCCUGUCUCUUAUAUGACCCUAAAAUAAACAUUUGGAGGCAGUGUAUGAUGCUCAGACAGGUAGAAAGCAGCAGAUAUGGAACAGUGUUUCUAGGAUUUUUGGAAACCUGCUUUAUUGUAGCAAAGUCGUUGCCAUUGUGGUUGACCUUCCACUGCUGUUUGCAAGUUGAAAGUGACUUUCAGAGGAUACUUUUUCUUUUAGUCUGGUAUGACUCAGUACCUAGAUAUUUCAUUACCAUUCUUAUUAAAUCAUGGGGACAAAAGUGUGUAGAAUGGAUAAAAGUCUCUUGUUAUCUACAUAGAAGGCCCUUGUAACUUAAUUGCCGGUAGUCAACCACUGGAUCUCAGUUUGCAUCAAGUAUUUUAAAUAAUUCUGAAUUUUUUUAAAAAAAUGUAUUGCAAUAGUAUAUCAGUACCUAUUGUUAAACUGAAUCAGAUAAAGAAAUCUUCAGUUCCUGGUUAUUUGGGCCAUUGAAUCAUCAUGGACUGUAUAAUACAAUCAGAUUAUUUUAUUUCUAGACAUCCUUGAAUUACACCAAAGAACCUGAAAUUUAAUUUUGGUUAAGUUAUUUAUUUAUUUCUUGUGUCCAUUUUUUUUUUCCCUUCUUAAGGUCUGAAUGAGACUUCUUGGGAAGCCUCUAAAAACUGUUUUUUCUGUGGGCUACAUGGGGCAUUAGAAGCCAGAGCACUCCUCCUCCGGACUCCUUCCCAGUGUCCGGAGGUGCCAUCGGAACCAUCGACCUGGCCGGGAGCGUCCCUCAGGCAGUGCAGAGUCGGGCCAGGGGGCCACUAGGCAGGCUCUAAUUAAGUUUUUCUUUACAAAAAAUAAUUUAUUUUAGAAUCAUGUCUUUCGGUAUAUUAACUUGGAGAAUAUGAGUUAAUAUUUAGGAAAUAAGAUUUGAGGUCAGCGAUCUUCAAAAAAAAAUUUCUUUGCUCAUUUAAAAAAGUACAAGUUAACUAUACACCCUUUAUCCACGAGAUUUAGGAAUUGUAGUGAUACGGCUUAGAAAGCAUAAUGGCCUACGUAUUUUCAAAAUAUAAGUUCAUGUGGGAAAGAAUUUUGUUUAUGUGUGUGGAGGAAACCUAUAGGUUUAAAAUAAUAUGUCAGCCAACUGAUUUAAAAGACCUUUAAUUGUUUUGUUUUUGAAGCCACCCUGGUCUUCCUAUGAGGAAGAAUUGAGAGGAGAUGCUUCUCUGUGAAAAACUUCCAAAUUGGUGGUGUUGACUUUUGAAAUUGAACAUUUUCAGACUUGAUUUAAACUUGGUUAUUCUAAUUUCUAUAUCAAAACUUGGUUUAUUCUAAUAUCUGUAUCAAAAGAGUUUUACGUGGUAACUAGACUUAUAACAUGUAUGUAUCAUAUGUUUGUUCAUCUAAAGCUUUUUAAUCCAAAUAAAAAUGGAGUUUGCAAAGUGA